AUGGCUCCGCCAAAAGAAGAUGGAAAGAAGGAGACGAUUCAAUUUAUUGAUCCUGUGACAUCCGUGUCGAAGUCAGAUGAAUUAAGGGCUCACCUUCAAAAGAUGUCACUCAAGGGAGACACAGAGGAACCUGUUCCUAUAAGCUUUGAGGAUAUAUGUGCAGCAGCAUUUCGUAUUUGUAAAGGAGUUGCCAAAACCCCUUGUGAGAAAGCAAGCAUUUCGAACUCUGAAGUCGCAGAUAUGGACAUCUUCUUCAAGAAAGAAUAUCUUCACCCCACGGGAAGUUUCAAAGAGCGCGGAGCUCUUAACACACUUCUUCUUUUAAGUGAGGAACAAAAGCGUCGAGGUGUGAUUGCGGCGUCGGCGGGUAACCACGCCCUAGCCUUAGCAUACCACGGCCACGCCCUACAGAUACCAGUGACAGUCGUCAUGCCUGAGAAUGCACCGAUAGUCAAACAAACGAUGUGUAGAUCAUAUGGAGCUAACAUAUUGCUUCAAGGACACAACUUGUAUGAGUCUAAGGAAAAYGCCUUGCUUAUGGCCCGUGAAAAAGGCUUGGUCUACAUCAAUGGCUACGACCAUCCACACAUAAUAAGCGGCCAGGGAACCAUUGGCCUUGAGAUCAUCGAUCAAGUUUACCCACUUGAUGCCAUUAUUAUACCCGUUGGGGGAGGGGGGAUGCUAGCAGGAAUAGCAAAGGCUGUCAAGACCGUCUACCCUCAUGUCAAAAUUAUUGCCGUGGAAUCUGAGCGUUGCCCCAGCUUCAAGGCAGCCAUGGAAGCAGGAAAACCCGUGAAGGUAGAUGCGCAUCAUUCAGAGACAUUAGCUGAUGGUCUGUGUGUACCUCAGGUGGGAACCUCUGCGUUUGCUAACUCGAAAGAUCUGGUGGAUAAAAUUAUCACCGUCAGUGAGGAUUACAUAGGUCUUGCUAUCCUUUACCUAAUAGAGAUGGAGAAGGCUGUUGUUGAAGGAGCUGGAGCGACUGGCUUUGCUGCUGUUCUCUCUGGUCAACUACCAGAACUCAGUGGUAAAAGGGUUGUAAUCCYUUUAUGUGGAGGUAACAUCGAUCCAGCUGUAGUUGGUAGAUGUAUAGACAGGGGUUUAGCUACUGACGGUAGGCUGGUACGGUUUAUUGUGACAGUCAGUGAUCGACCCGGUGGUAUUGAUAGACUUGUCAAUGUUUUAGCUUCAUCUGGGGCAAGCAUUAAAGACAUGUUUCACGAGAGAGCUUGGUUGAAAAGUAGUGCCUUYAAAGUACAGUGUAAAGUUGUGGCUGAAGUAAGAGACAGAGAUCAUGCCAGCAUGUUGAGAACUCURCUAGAGAAGAUGUACGAUGAUGUGCACUGGAAUACUGACCAUUCUUCAGCAUAUACUAAUGACCCACCAUACACUGUCGAUACAUGAGCACAGAUUUACACACUAAUAUGACACACAUAUACUGAUUACAACCUCUACAAAACCUUCAUCAUAGCUGAUUAUACAUACACCAAUGACACAUUACACACUGGUUCAACACYUAUAUACUGAUAACAACCUAUACAAACCCUCCAUGAUAAUAGUUACGACAACCCACUGGGCAGCUAUACAAAAAGAUAGCAUAUACUAACCAUCAUAAUAUGGAGCCAGGAGUUCUAUAAAUCAGAGGAAACUGGCAGCUUAUACGUUUCAUACUAAAGAUAUGACAUGAUGCUCAAAUGGAGUCUUGACAUUACUGAAAGACACUAUUAAAUGAUGGCUUUAUUUAAAGUAUUUACACAUAUAUCUACAGUAAUAAAACCUAUAUACAGUAUAUUUCAAAAUACAAAGUUAUGACCCAUUUUAAUGUAUGAGGAUCGUUGGGUCUUUGAUGUUACCUAACCAAUGAUGGGAACUCCACAAAUGUAAUGUACAGUACUUGUUGCUAUGGUUAUCAUCAUGAUUAUAAGGUGUUACUAUGUCCCAUAAUAAUAUUAUCGCCAUGGUAACCUGAACAUCUCAUCACAUAWCUUCAUGAGAAUGCUACAUCAUUGUUGCCAAGGUUACUAGACCAGUUUAAUAAGUCUUGUACCUCCUGUUCUGAGGGCUCGAUCUCUUUUGGUAUUGAUGCUGAUAAUGAUGCAGAUGAAGGCUCAAGAGAUUGAGUAGAUUUAUCUUGACCUGGUUUAACAUUGAUAAAAUAGAUCUGCGUAAGAUUUAACAUAACUAACUGAGGGGGAGGGGUAAACAUUGAAUUCAAUACAAAUGGUAAGCAAGAACUUUGUUUGAGGGAGAAAACUAAGCAGUGUGGGAUGCACRAUUUUAAUAUUAGGGGUUCCAGCAGCCACAGGUAGCCCAAAAGAGAAAAGUYUUACCAUCCAAAACCCAUCCUGAUUCCUAGUAGUGCCCCUCAACCAAAUUUUAUGCAAAAGAUGAGUGGGUACUAGAAACAGGGAUGUGGUUUGUUGAAUAAAAUGAUAAGUCUGGUAAUAUAUGUACUAAAAUAAGACAAAAUAAAGUGUUGUAAAGUGUA